GCACUCUGGGAGUGGUGGCAUUGGCGGGCCAUGUUUCUAUUUCCUGUUUAAUUCCCACCCCAGGCCUCUUCUUCCCUGUAGAUGUAUCAAAGAGGUCUCAAGCCAUGUACCUAAGACUGGUGGCGAACCUAUGGCACGAGUGCCGCAGCAGGCAAACAGAGCCUGCUCUGCCCGCAUGUGACCCCACUCGCUCUAGCGUUCCCAGCGGCGGAACAGCAGACUCCAAGCCUUGAGCCCCCCGCAAAAUGUCUACACCAAAAAAAGCAAAACUGAAAACAGAUAGCGGAAGAUCGUUCCAAGAGGCCUGGACAGAGUCAUUUGGGGUGAUAGAGCGUCAUGGGAAAGCGUUAUGUAUUCUGUGUAGUGUGAGCGUUGUGUGUCGCACAUCAAGUGUCAGGCGGCACUUUGACACCAACCACAGAAGUGUUGCCAAGCUUGGCGAAGCUGAAAGGAAAGAGUUUCUUGAAGGGAAACUGAGGAAAUAUCAUUCCCAGUAUCUGACCGCUGCCAGCUUUCAAAUUUCACUGUGCAUAGCGAAACACGGCAAACCCCUCGCCGACGGGGAUUUUAUCAAAAUGGCCAUGUUGUCUGGGAGUGAUUCCCUUUUUCAUGAUUUCCCAAACAAGGAUAAAAUUAUGCAACGGAUCUCUGAGAUGCCCCUGAGCAGAAGUACUGUUAACGAUCAGAUCGUGUGCGCGGCAAGUGAUGCUGGUCAGCAGCGCACCACUCACUUGCAGAAGGCGGCCUGUUACUCCGUGUGCUUGUGCAAAGGCACAGAUAGAAGUGACCACGUGAGGCUAGCAGUGAUUUUGCGCUACGCCGUUGGUGACACCAUGCGACAAGAGCUGGUGAACCUCGUGUCCCUGCCUGGAAGAACACGAGGGGUGGACAUCUACGACGCUGUGAUGGAGGCUUUUUUGUCGCAUGACAUAAGACCAGAAAAAGUGGUUUCAGUUACGAGUGAUGGGGCCCCUUGCGUGGUGGGGGCCACGUCUGGUUUCCUGCAGCUCUUUGUUAAAGAAGCAAAACAUCCCGUCAUUCACUUUCCUUGUAUUAUACAUCAAGAAGCUCUCUGCACCAGGGGAAGCAGCAGAACAUUAGACGGCAUCCUCAAAGACGUCACAAAAAUGGUGAAUUACAUCAUUGCUGACGCUCCUCAUUGUCCACAGUUUCAAGCCCUGCUUGACGAGGUCCAGGCUCAGUACGGUGCUUUGCAUAUGUACGAAAGCAUCCGAUGGCUGAGCCGGGGCCGGGUGCUGCAGAGAUUUGUAGCCUGCUUGGAUGAAGUGAGGCUGUUUAUGGAUGAAAACGGGCAGGACCACCCACAGCUCGCUGAUGGGGCCUGGCUGAGCAGCCUCGUGUUUUUCGCAGACUGGACCCUGCACUUCAGUGUACUGAACCGAAAGCUGCAAGGUGUAGGGAAGACGGCAGAAAGGAUGUUUUGCGAUAUCAAAACAUUUGAGAGAAAACUGCAGGUGUUUGAAAGAGAUCUGGAAAGCGGGCAGCUGAAAUACUUCCCAAGCCUAAAAAUGCAUUUAGAACAUCCUGCCUUUGCAGGCGAUCCUACAAGCCUUCAGGAGCGCUGCAAGGAAUUUUCUAGCAUCGUAGCCGCUGCAAAGGAGACGUUCAGUGACCGGUUUCUGCAGUUCCGUAAGAUGGAGACAGCCCUGUGCUUUCUUACUUCGCCAGAUAAAGCCAGAUUUGAAGGACUCGAUCUUUCCUGCUUACACUGGCUAGAUUGUGGGAAUCUGGAAAUGGAGCUGUUGGAAUUUCAAGAAAGCUCUAUGUGGACAAAUAAAUUCUGCGACCUGCGUGCCACCCUUGAGAAGACAGAGAAGAUGGAGUGUGAAGGGAGGAGAGAGGGCGGCUCGGUGAGCAGUUCGGAAAAUGAGAUUCUCAAAGUGUGGAACUCUCUGCCGAAGCAUUUUAAGUCCAUGAAAGCACUCGGGAUUGCUUUGCUGACUUUGUUUGGAUCAUCGCAGGCCUGUGAGCAGCUGUUUUCGGCUUUGAGUUACUGUAAGUCGCCGACCUCCGAACAUUCAAGCCGCGAACUUUCACGGAUACGAGCGGACCUCACAUUAUAGACACCCCAGAUGCGGACAAGUCGGUGAAGUAAGUUGUGCGUCUGCCGGGCACUGUCACGGCGGUGUCUGCUCGCGAGGACAAGCCAGCGGCGGUGACAUGGCGGGGGCCGCUGGGAAGCACAGAGCCACAGACAUUGUGUUUGUGCCCAAGGAGCCUGAGACUUACCGUGCCGGGGAUGCCAGCCAGUGCGGCCGGUGAGCGUCCUUCUGAAGUGGAACUUGUUCGUACGUCGGGGCCUCCUGUGUAUCCGAUCCAAUGUAAGAAACAGACUGUCAAACCAAGGACCCGUGAGCCCAGGUUUGACAAAUUAUCAGCGUGCACACAGCCGCAGAGAUCACGCGAAUUGUGCAGAAGCACUCCAAACGCACACUUUAACCUUUCAAUAAAAAGCUGUUUG